AUGUUGGAAUCAGUGAGAGCGAAAUAUCCGGGGGGAAGGAAGAAGGGAGGGUGGGUAGUGGUGAAGUCGACGGGGGCGGUGGAGGAGGUCGGGAAGCAGGCCGUGAUGCAGCGAACAGGCCUCCCGAGCCGAGAUCUUCGUAUGCUGGACACUGCUCUCUCUUACCCCUCCGCCAUCAUGGGGCGAGAUGAGGCCAUCGUCGUCAAUUUGGAAAGCAUCAGCUGCAUCAUCACAUCCACACACAUGAUUUUCCUCAAUUCCAAACACCCUUACCUCACCUCUUUCAUCAACAAUAUGCAACAACUCUUUCGCCAUCGCCAACAUUUUUACACCACUAAAGAAGCGCCAACGGAUCAAGAGAAUGUGAUUCUGCCGUUUGAAUUUUUCGCGCUCGAGGCGUGCCUCCAAGCUACUUGCAAGAGCCUGGAUGAGGAAGCAACGAGACUGGAGCAAGAAGCUCAUCCGGCAUUGGAUAAGCUCACUUCCAAGAUUAGCAAUCUCAAUCUAGAUUGGGUACGAGUUAUUAAGACGCGUUUGGUUGCAAUAACCGGCCGCGUGCAAAAGGUGAGGGAUGAGUUGGAGCAUUUGCUAGACGACGAUCAAGAUAUGGCACAGAUGUAUUUGACAGAGAAGUUAGAGGACGACGAAGAGGAGGAUGUUAGGCCCAAUUUGGAGGCAAACGAGCAGCAAGUCGAUGUGGAGGAGCUCGAGAUGAUUCUAGAAGCAUAUUUUGUGGAAAUGGAAGGCACUUUGAAUAAACUAUUAAAUUUGAGGGAGAUGGUGGAGAGCAGAGAAGAAUACAUAAAAACAAUGUUGGAUGUGAAACAGAACCAGUCUCUGCAAACACAAGUGGUGAUCAAUACAACGAGUUUGGCGGUUGGCACCCUUAUUGUGCUCACAGGGGUGUUUGGCAUGAACAUUGGCAUCGAAAUGUUCGAUCCCACGAAAUAUGGGACGUCCGACUUUCUCUGGACCGUCGGUGGAGGCACCAUGGCCUCGGUUUUCUGUUGUGUUGUGGCAGUUAUCUGGUACAAGAGCCAAGGUCUUUUGGAUUAAAGAGGAACAAUAUUCUUGCAACCUCACUCACCCCUUAAUCAAUAUUAGCUUCUUAGUU